GAAGCUGGACGUCCGAAGCCCACGCGGCCCAGUUUUCGUUCCGGCUCCUGCGUGGAGGGCGCGGAGAGAAGCCCGUGGGGAUCUUGGCCGCGAAGCUACGGUGGUGGCGCGGCCGGGGCCUGGGCCCGGGGCCGGGGGCCACUUCCCGCGUCCCCGGGCCUCGCAGGCACGAGCUCGCCCAGCGGCGCGCGGCUCAGCUCGCAGGACGCCCUCUAGCCCCGCCGGCGGCGCGCCGCGGCACCCCCACUCCCCGCCCACCGGCGGCUACGCGCACUGCACCCUCGCCCGCCGCCGCCGCCGCACGCCGCCCGGCUCCUGUACGCCGCCGCCGCCGCCGCCGCCGCCGAGCGCCCGGCCCGGGACGCUGCCCGCAGAGCGCCGGGCUGAGUUCACGCAGACGCGGUCGGUCGGCCCCGCGGCGGCGGCGGGCGCGGGCGGCCUGGCCUGGGCGGGUUAAAGGGACGAGUUGCGAACAGUUCAGGAAGUGACAAGUCGAUUUCCUCCUCCCCGGGAGCCGCUCGGUACAAAGCGCUCGGCGCCGGCAGGAGAACGUGCGCGCGGCGGACGCGCGGCGGGCAGCCGGGACGACUUGGCGAGCGCCGGCGUUGACGGCGCGGGGCCCGCUCCCGAAGCGCCCCGCUGCGCACAGGAGUUGGCUGUACUCGGCCUUUUCCAGGCAGGGCCCCAUCCCGAGGUGAGCGCCUGAUGGGGACCUCUUUCUGCUGAUGUCCUUCUACUGGGUUGCCCAGGCAUCGUGGCUGCCCAGGUCUGCCUGCCCGAAGAUGGCUUGUGCCUGCCCUGGGAUGCAGCCCCGCGCCUGAGGUCCUUACCAUGGUGAUGAUCUUGAGGAGAAGCCUUGCCAACCAGGGAGCCGACUCCAUAGCAUGCAGGACCUUCCGCCCUGAACUGCACACGCCAAAGAAGAUGAGUCAAGGACCUACCCUUUUCUCUUGUGGAAUUAUGGAAAAUGACAGAUGGCGAGACCUGGACAGGAAGUGCCCUCUUCAGGUUGACCAACCGAGCGCCAGCAUCUGGGAAUGUCUGCCAGAAAAGUGUCAGGACGGCCCACUGUGGCACCGGGAGGCUGUGACCGCCUGUGCAGUGACCAACCUGAUCAAAGACCUCAGCAUCAGUGACCACAAUGGGAGCCCCUCAGCACCCCCCAGCAAGCGCCAGUGCCGGUCACUGUCCUUCUCUGAUGAGAUGUCCAGCUGCCGGACAUCAUGGCGGCCCUUGGGGUCCAAAGUCUGGACUCCUGUGGAGAAGAGACGGUGCUACAGUGGGGGCAGUGUCCAGCGCUACUCCAAUGGUGUCGGCACCAUGCAGAGGAGCUCCAGCUUUAGCCUCCCUGCCCGGGCCAAUGGGCUUUCCUCGCCCUGCCACCAGGCGGUAUUGCACCACCGCUUGGGGGGACAGCCCUGCCAAGGGGCACCAAGCUUGGCCCCCGGUGGACAGGCAGGUGACACCUGGACCCCCGACCCACACCCCACAGGAGGGGGCCGGCUAGACCUGCAUCGGUCCCUCUCCUGCUCACAUGAGCAGUUUUCCUUCGUGGAAUACUGUCCACCCUCAGCCAACAGCACACCUGCCUCAACGCCAGAGCUGGUGAGACGCUCCAGUGGGCUCGCCCGCAGCCGCUCCCAGCCGUGUGUCCUUAAUGACAAGAAGGUUGGUGUAAAACGGCGGCGCCCGGAAGAAGUACAGGAGCAGAGGCCUUCCCUAGACCUUGCCAAGAUGGCACAGAACUGUCAGACCUUCAGCAGCCUCAGCUGCCUGAGUGCGGGGAUGGAGGACUGCGGCCCCCAGAGCCCCUUCGCCCUCCACGUCAGCAGCACCCGGGCCUGGACCGCCCUGCUCUCAGCCUCAGCCUCCAGCCCAGGGGGCAGGACCCCUGCUGGGACCCCGGUCCCUGAGCCUCCUGCCCGCUCCUUUGAUGAUGGCCUCACCUGCCAGGAGGACCUGUCUUGCGAGGAGUCCGACGGCUGUACCCUGGAUGAAGACUGCAGCAGAAAGCGGGAGUCGGCCGCAGCCUGGAGGGGCCGCGGGGCUGCUGGGCACAGCCUCUGCUCCCUGGACGGCGAGCUGGACAUCGAGCAGAUAGAGAACAACUGAGGGCGAGUGAGCCCUGGUCCAGGGCGGGCACAGUCGAAUCAGCGGGUCUCCCUCUGGGCCCUUGGUGGACACUCACAGGGGUAGCCCAGCUCGUGGGUCUGACAAAAGCUUUCUGAGGGUGUUGGGUCCCAGGGAGGCUGCCCACCGCCUCCUCAAGUUCUGUGAAGGCUGAGUGCCUCACAGUGGGCCGUGUCAGGCUCCCAGCUGUCGAGGGCGUCAGCCACCAGGUCCAUGGAACUGCUGUAGCCCACAGAGCAGCUUUUUGGUUUGGUC